UUCUCUCGUGCACCACCGUUUUGACCUCGUGACGCGCGAGGUCGAGCCCAGGCCGCCGACUACACUCGCGCCACACAAACAGGCCCCCGCCGGCUGCGCGCGCCCGCAAUCGCGAGCCAACCGCGCACACCGAUCACUGCGCGAGGAGGAACUUAUCGGUCGCAACUCACGGGACGGACCCUGGAGUCCCGUCGAGGAACGACUCGUUUGGUCUGCAGCGCCGGCGGACGCGAGCGCGUCUGUGAGCCGGCGGACCGCGCCGUGGCGCGGAGGACGCUGAGACGGAUGGAGAACAGGAGGGCGGAUGCCCCACCAAGUAGAAAGCCUACGCCUGAUCAGUCGAAGAGAGACACCCAGAUGGAAGAAAACAUGUCGUCGGAGAUCUGGGGACACCCCGCGCCCCCUGGCCAUGGUGGAAGACAGCCGCCGCCCAGGCCGUGCGGGAUGUCCGCUGGCCAGGGGGCGGAAGGCUUGGGAGCGCUCGGAGAGGUAGCCCCCCCGGCGCCCCCGCCCGACGGACAGGCCUGUACCAGUCCCGAGAUUGCCAGGGCCAACUAUGGAAAGACGGCGAUGACCAUGACCAAGACAGAGUCCGGAACUGCUGGUUUCGGUUGUGGUCACCGUCCAUCUUGGCCGUUGUCGGUUCGUGGGUCAUCCUCGCGAGUCCGCGACAGCUGGCGUGGACCCAUGACCAAGAUCGGCGUCGACAAAGCUCCGCGACAGCUUGGUGCUGGUCCCCGUGCUUCUCUCCUCGAGCGGAGCCCUCGUCGGGCGUGGCCCGAGCGGGCGGCCGGCUCGGAGGGGCAGCAGGGGGAAGAGAAGCAGCGCCCGAGCGCCGCUGCGGAAAUGUGCAUGCCGCAGCCAGCGCCUGCCUGGGUCGCGCGCGGGCGGAAAAAAUCGCCCCCUGGCCACAGCCGCUGUAUGCCCACGUAGCUGCAGUGGCGGGAGGGCUGCGCCAGCGCCGACGGGUGGCUUUCCCUAACCGCGGACAGGUUGGUCUCCUCAGCCGAACUUGCCGGUGCAAGUAGUCCGCGCUGCCUCGCGUCGGUAUGUACACAGCAUGGUAUCUACAUCUCGCCACACACGCCGCAGCAGGGCAGGAGGGAAAGAGGAGAGAACGAGGAGGAGGAGGAGGACGAGGAGGAGGAGGCUUGGCCGGGGAGGCAUACACGCCGCUGGAAAACGGCCGACCAAGCUCACCACGAGUGCUAAAGCGAGGCGACGCCGUUCUGGCGCCCGCACCGCACCGCAUGCGGCCCUGACUCACCCGGCGGUGCAGCCACAAAACUUGAGAGAUGGUGGGAUCCAUGGUCGCGCGGUGCUGCCGCGACCUCUAGAUGUACACGCGCCUGCUCUAAGGGCACAGGCCGCCGCACCCCCGAGGCUCCGCCCUUCCAGCGGCCCGCGGGGGGGGGCCUCGCACCCGCCGGGCUUCAGCGGCUAACGAGCAGAGGAGGGCGAGGAGGGGAAGGACGACAAGGGCGACCAGGGGGAGGAGGAGCAGGAGGAGGAGGGCGAGGAGAAGGAG